AUGAUUGCUGAUAACAACCCAGUCCUUAUUCUAGACAGAAUAACCUCAAACCUCCCACACUCAGAAGUUCCAGUUAAUGUUAAAGAAUACUUCAAACAUUUGGUCCUGGCUGAUCCAACUUUUCAUCUGCCUAGUAAGAUAGAUAUGCUCAUAGGUGCUGAUCUAUUCGCUAAAGUGAUCACUGGUGAACGCAUCAUCAUUAACAAGGAUCUUCCUGCUGCCAUGAAUUCUGUAUUUGGAUAUCUUAUCAUAGGAUCUGCCCCAACUCUUCCUGCUGUAGUCCCUCACAAAACAGCCCCUCAAUGCAAGGGUAAUGUUUCUUCUUUAUUAAGUACUCAAGAUAUUGAUUUGCACAAUUCUCUGCAGAAAUUUUGGACUCUAGAGGAACCUCCCAUCAAACAUCAUGUAACAUCUGAACAAGAAAUUUGUGAAAAUCACUUUCUAAACACGGUCUCUAGGGAUUCAAAUGGACGCUACUUUGUUAGGCUACCCAUAAAAGAAAAUCAUCCCCCUCUUGGUGACUCAUCAUUUUGCGCUCGCAAUAGAUUCCUAUCACUUGAAAGAAAAUUAGAAAGUCAGCCUGAAGUUAAAGCAGAGUAUAGUAAAGCCAUACAUGAUUUAUUGUCAUCUAAUCACAUGGAACCUGUUAACCCUCCUCCAAACAGUGAUAAUAAACAAUUUUACUUACCUCACCAUGCUAUUGUCAAAGUAGAUUCCUCAACCACCAAGCUUCGUGUAGUAUACGAUGCAAGCGCACGCAGCUCCUCAGGUGUCAGCCUUAACGAUAUUCUACAUACCGGGCCAAAACUACAUAAUGAUCUUAAUGAUAUUCUGUUAAAGUUUAGACUUUCCCCUAUUGUCUUCUCAUGUGACAUCAAACAAAUGUUUCGUCAAAUAAUGAUCCACCCAGAUGAUAGAAACUAUCAAAUGUUGUAUUGGAGAGAUGACAAAGACGACCCCCUUUCAGUUUACCGUUUAACUACAGUUGUGUUUGGAUUCAACUGCUCACCCUACUUGGCACUAAGGACACUUCACCAACUUAUCACUGAUGAAGGCGCAAACUUCCCUCUGGCAGCUGAGGCUUUAAAGAAACAAGUAUAUGUAGAUGAUUUAAUAUUAGGUGCCAACAGCAUAGAACAAGCUUUGGUACUAAGAAAUGAGGUGGAACAACUUCUUUUAAAAGGAUAA